GAGUUCGGGUAUGGGUCAAUAUUGGAAUUUAAAUACUAGUAAAUAAGAACAGCAAACAAGCCCUAGCAGCGACAUAUCGGAUUAGACGGUAGCCGCGAAAGCUCCCAGUCUCGCGAAGAAAGCAGCAAUGGCGGUACCCCUAUUGGACAAAAAAAUCAUUAAGAAACGUCUCAAGCAAUUCAAGAGGCCUCAAAGCGACCGCAAGAUCUCCGUUAAGACUAACUGGCGUAGGCCCAAGGGUAUUGAUUCACGGGUAAGAAGGAAGUUCAAGGGAUGCACUCUUAUGCCCAACAUAGGGUACGGGUCCGAUAAGAAAACUCGUCACUAUUUACCAAAUGGUUUUAAGAAGUUCGUUGUUCACAACGUUAACGAGCUGGGGUUGUUAAUGAUGCACAACAGGAUGUAUUGUGCGGAAAUAGCACAUAAUGUUUCAACCAAAAAACGAAAAGAUAUUGUUGAGCGUGCUGCACAGCUAGACAUUGUUGUAACAAACAAGCUAGCUAGGCUGCGUAGCCAGGAAGAUGAGUAAUCUUUUCUUUGAAACUCCUCUUAUGCUUCACUGUGGCAUCCGUUAGGAGAAAUUUUGUACUAGAUCUUUAUUAUAUAUGACUUAGUGUCAGUUUCUACCUUAAAGUUAUGUUAGAAAAUUUUGAAGUUAAUGAAUGAUAUACAAUGGUUACUACAUCUGCUUACUCUUGGUUCU